AUGUCUCACUUGGUGGAGGAACGUGCUAUAUUGAAAUUUGCAAGCCACACUGGAGCUACUCCUGUUGCUGGACGCUUCACUCCUGGUACGUUUACCAAUCAGAUCCAAGCAGCCUUCAGGGAACCACGGUUGCUAGUUGUGUGUGAUCCACAUACUGAUCACCAGUCUGUAACAGAAGCAUCCUAUGUGAAUAUUCCAGUUAUUGCAUUCUGCAACACCGACUCUCGACUGCGCCAUGUGGAUGUAGCAAUCCCUUGCAAUAACAAAGGUGCACACUCUGUUGGUCUAAUGUGGUGGAUGCUGGCAAGGGAGGUGCUCCGCAUGCGUGGCAGCAUCAGCCGGCAGAUUCCAUGGGAAAUUAUGCCUGAUCUCUACUUCUAUAGGGAUCCAGAAGAGGCUGAGAAAGAAGAACAGGCUGCAAUUCAACAUCAAACUGAGGAGGCACAGCAGCCUACCAGUCAUCUCACUGAGUGGGGUGGUGCAGUUGACCAGCAGACUGGCGAGGUGAGUGACACUGCUAUCUCUCUGUUAAAGGGAUCACUGAAGUACUUGGUAAUUACAGAGGAAAGAAAAUAUUUCAAAUCAAAGAAAACUGGUACUUGA